AACGUUUUCUUGGAACCUAUAUAUGACUCCUGACCUUUCUUUUCAGGGUCACAGCGCCGAAAACAAGGCUCUCCAAGGGAUGGACUAUUAUACACAAGAAGUUCCCAGUUCUUCGUCAAAACCAGAGUUUAUUCGGAUUUGCGAAUUGAAGAUACAACACUUGUAUGAUGUAUUAACUCCUCAUGCAGUCAGUAGAUGGUGCUUUACUGUCUUUCUGGUCUUCUUCUACAUAUUACGUAUUAUCAUCACACAGGGUUUCCAUGUAGUUACCUAUGUAAUGGGGAUAUUUCUUUUGAACAGAUUAAUUGACUUCCUUUCUCCGAAAAUUGUACCUGAAACAUCCACAGAUGAAGUACUCCCAACCAAGUCCUCAGAAGAAUUUCGACCUUUUUUAAGGCGAUUACCUGAAUUAAAGUUUUGGAAUUCAUGUACUAUAUGUUUAUUCAUAUCUAUAAUCUGUACAUAUUUGAGCUUUCUCGACAUACCCGUGUUUUGGCCAAUACUAGUGAUGUAUUUCUUUAUGCUUUUUUACGUGACUAUGAAGCGUCAAAUAUCGGUAUGUUCAUUUAUCCUCAACUACAAUACGUAUGAAACCUAUUUUUUAUGUUAAAAACUCAAGAAUAUUUGGCAAUUAUACUAUCAUUAAACUUUUUGCUGACAAUUAGUAUUGUCUCAACUGAAACCUCAUCGAGAUACUGUGAUUCGUAAAUUUAAAUGUAGGAAGCAAGUUGUCGAUAAUUCAACACAGUGCUUGUAAAUCAAAUAAACCUUGGUAGACACGUAACUGGCAAGAAUUCUUUACAACUACAGAAGGCUUUUCAAUCAUUCGUUCCUUCCGUUUCCACUUAACUUCUGUACUAAACCAUCAGUCACAUGUCCAGGUAAGAUUUUACAAAAGCACUCACCUGAUCAAACCUUGACAAGUAAAGUUAAAUUUAAAACGACCCACACCUACUCAAUUGAGCUUAUAAAGUACUGAACUAAUAGUCAUCAGAGCACGAACAACUUGUAACAAAAGUACCGAAUAGUCAUUAGUACAGUUCUGUGUAGCUUAUCAGGAAAAACAAGUCUAGUCGGUAUUUAUGCAUCUUCUAUCGUUAAGAGAGUCGGUUUUUAUCACACUUCGCAAUUUACCUGAAAUUCGUGAAAGUAGAAAUAGGUUCAGUGGAACCUAAUUAUUCAUUUUCGAAAUAAUUUGUGCUUCCUACCUUUAAAAUCUUUUCUAACUCUGCACUCACUAGCAUAUGAUCAAAUAUCGUUAUUUGCCAUUCACUUAUGGGAAACCACGUCAUCAGUCCAAUGGAAUGAGAUUUUGAAAUGGAUCCAACUUAUACAUAUUUACAAAAUAUAAAAGAAAUUGAAAAAUGUCAUGAUAUAUAUCAUUUAAAAUUACUUAGUACUUAUUUUUAUGUACUGCCUUUUGUAUUUUUUGAAAUGAGUCCUACUCAUUCCUUUGAGUAUAAAUUGUGCAGUUUCUCACUUAACAUAUGUACUGAAUUUAUUCUGAAGAACUGAUGUAAAAGAGUAAUGUAGUUGACUUUAAUCAUCCUUCUUCAAUUUGUAUGUCUUUCCC